CUAAAAGCUGACUGACAGACGAGUUUCUCAUUCAGCCAUUUUAGCAAGAUGAUGUUAGCAGCUGUGCUGUUGUUGACGGGUAUAUACUCAACAUUGGAAUUCAAUAUAUACCCAAAGCCAGAGUAUAAUUAUUCCAGUGCUGAUUUACUGUUUGGACAAACUAUUAUUCAGACAAGGGAUGGAGUUCUUGUUUUAUCUCCCAGUAAAGGAGAUGUUUUCAGAUGCACAAUGAAAAGCUGUUCAAAUAUGAAUGAUAAAGAGGGAGUAGGUAAAUAUGUGAGACCAGUAUCUUCUGCCACAUCCAGCAUAAAUGAAGACAAAGAGCAGCUGCUGGUCUGUGGCCAAGUCCGGACCUUGAAUUCUUCAACAGAGUAUUUGAAUGCAGAUUGUGUGCAUAUGUCAAACCAAGAAAAGUACAUUAUCUAUCCUGCCAAAUUACAACAGAACAACAGCAACAAUAAUCCAGGCAUAACAACACAUCUUAAUCAAGAUCACUGGAGAAUGAAAAGAGAUGCUGGCAGUGCUAACACAGAUGAAGAGGAAGAAGAAGAUGCUGGAACGGAAAUUGCGUUUGUGCUGGAUGGCUCAGGUAGCAUUGAUGAGGAAGAUUUUGAAAGAGCCAAGGACUUUAUAAUUAAUGUGACAACUAAAGUUUGGACAACAUGCUUCAGUUGCAAUUUUGGAAUAGUUCAGUUUGGAAGAAAAAUAAGGACAGAACUCUCUCUAGAAGAAAAUAACGACACUGCCCGGGCUUUGGAGAAAAUAAAGAGCAUAGAACAGAUUGGCGAGAUUACCAUAACAGCCUCCGCCCUGCACCAUGUUCUCACAGAUAUUUUUGUUCCUGAAAAUGGGUCAAAAAAGAACGCCAAAAAAAUGAUUAUUCUGUUGUCUGAUGGGCAAAUGUCAGGAGAUAAGCGAACCCUUCCAGAAGUUUUGGAAAUGCCAGAGAUGAAGGGUAUUGUUCGCUAUGCUAUAGGGGUUGGACCAGAAAUUGUGAAAAGAACUGAAGCAAUAGAUGAGAUGAUAGAGAUAUCCGGGAGCGGAGACAGAUUUUUUAAUGUUUCUAACUAUGCAGGCUUGGAAAACAUUAUAUCUUCUUUAGAACAAAGCAUUGUUGGGAUUGAAGGCAUUCAGAAGGGAGCUGGAUUUCAAUUUGAACUUGCAGAGGCGGGUUUCAGCUCUCACCUUACUCAUGAUGGGUCCAUGCUGUUUGGGGCUGUGGGGGCCUAUGACUGGAGCGGUGGAAUCAUUUUGAAACAAAAAGACAAAGAGACUGUGGCAUUUCUAAAUGCAACCAGUGAAGAGCCCAGAUUUUCCUAUUUGGGUUACAGUGUGGCAUCUGCACAUGUUGGUGCUAAUACACUCUACAUAUCUGGAGCUCCCAGGUACAAUUUGACUGGUGCAGUGUACAUAUUUGAUGGAAACAAACAGGAUUUGCUAAAAGGAGAUCAGGUUGGCUCAUACUUUGGAUCAGUUCUCUGUGCACUUGACAUAGAUAACAAUAAAGAGACGGAUUACCUUUUGGUUGGCGCACCGCACUUUCAUGAAAAAGGAGAAGAGGGCAAAGUGCUGGUGUACAAACUGCAUCAGGGAAAGUUCGAGCUUCAAAAAUAUGAACUGCGACAUCUGGAAAAGUACAUCUAUGCAAGGUUUGGCUCUGCUAUAGCUGAUAUUGGAGACAUUGAUGGGGAUGGAUUUAGGGACAUAGCAGUUGGAGCUCCUCUUGAGGAAGCAGAUGAUCUGCCGGGAAGUUCAGGAAGUGUCUACGUGUUUAAUACAGUUGGCACAACAAUAAGUCAACAGUUUUCACAGAGAAUCUCACCAUCAGAUUUCAGAGAAAAACUCGUGCAUUUUGGCCAGGCUGUAAGUGCCAUGUCUGCCUCAAACAAUGAUAAAGCAAAACUCAUCUGUGUUGGGAGUGAAGGGGCCAUAACCACGUUUAAGACACUUUCAGUCAUCAUUAUCAAUCCACAAUUCAAAAAAAUUGAUGAUGAACCCAUUCCUCUUAACAUGCAAACCGAUAAGAAAUCAGUUCCACUAAACAAAAACUUCCAAAUCUGUUUUAAUACAGACAGAGGAAGACUUAUCUCUGAUGAUGAACUACCAAUACAGUAUGAUAUAGAUUUGGACUAUGGUAAAGAAAUCAAAAGAUUUAGUUUUGUAAAUCCUCAUGAAAGAAACACCUUUACUCUAACAGAAUCACUUGCCUGCACAGACGUAAUUAAGAUAAAAUAUGAGGGAUGCACUGACUGUUUCUCACCUAUCAAAAUAAGGGUGAAUUUUACUUUGGCUCCAACGUCUGGAAUACCUUUGCGGGUUCUUGAUUUGUAUAGCUCAAGAGAGGCCAUAAAAGAGAUUCUUUUUGAAAAGGACUGCAAAGACAAAGAAAACUGCACAGCAAAAAUUUCACUAGCUAACUUUACACUGAGCAACGACUUGAUUCUAAUGGGAUCCAGUCAAACCCUGAAUUUAAGGUUUGAUUUUACGAACAAGGGUUACAGCUCGUAUAUGACCACUCUGAUUUUAACUUAUCCAGCAAUACUAAACACAAAGAAAGCUGAGGGAUUCUGUGAGGUCAACAAGGAUGAAAAUCAAAUCAUUUGCAAACUUUUACAUCCAGUUUUCAAAAGGAAUGAAUUGAUCAGUGUUGAAGCUGCCUGGCAGUCUAAAGGUAGCAAAUCAGACCUGGGAAAUGCUGCAAUUACUGCUGUCCUAAUAGGUGGAAAUAAUGGCACUGAAGAGCUUGGCAGUAAAAGCUUUCCUUUCAAAGUGAAGAAUCCCCUUAAAGUUUUGCUCUCUGGAACAGCACAUCCAACAAGACUCACUAUUGGAGAGGGUAAAGAACACACCGGCAAACAAGAGCUGAAGUUUACAUUUAAGUUGUUGGGUGAAAACAAAUAUAUGGACAAAUUGAACGUCACUAUAAGGAUAAUAAAGAACACAACUAAAACUGAUGUCAGAAUUGUUAAAGUUCAACCUGAGAACUGCACGUAUCCCUCCAACACAGAAGUUAUGAGCAUCUUUGAGAUUGUAUGCACGCUGACAAAUCUGCAAGACAUUAACGUUAUCGCUGACACAGAUAUCCAUGACAUUGAGAACAAAGAUGAGAAGAUCACUGCUAUUGGAGAACUGAGCUUUAAUGAGACCAUCUUUGAUGGAACAGGCAUAACAAAGACAGAUAAAGUGGUGGUUUUACUUGAAAAGCUGAAAGUUAAGACAAAUUAUGGCUAUAUUAUAGGCAGCGCCAUUGGAGGCUUUCUUUUGUUAAUCAUCAUUAUCAUUAUUCUUGUCAAGUGUGGAUUUUUCAGUCGUCGCCAACAUAUGGAUCGCACACGGAGUUCACACUGAAGCUUGUCCUAUGGUCUGCUGUUUUACAAUCAAUUUAAAGUUGUACCAAAAAGACAAGGACCAAAGUGUCAGGAAUUCAGCACUGGUGACGACAGCGCCCCCAGUAGAGGAUCACCUAAAUUGUGCAGAAGCUACGACCAUGAGAUAGUUUGAAUAUAAAUUAAUAAUAAAUAAUAACAAAUAAAACUCUAUAAUAUAAUAAUGAAUAA